GUAAUAAAUUUAAAAAACAUGACGACAGACGACACUGAUCAUGGCCCACGUCAAUGGUGUCCGUGAAGCAAAAUUUGUUUCCAGAUCAGGAACAACUUACAGAUUUUAUGGAUUAUGAUAUGAAGGGCACAUAUCCUUCAACUGUACAUGACUGGAUGGUUGCCAUACGCCGACCUGUACCUUAUAGGGUCGGUAAUGCUAAACUUCACAUAAAACCCCGUUUCCUUGCGUAUGCUGCCAUUUUCGCUGGCGCUGUUCUUAUCUUAGUUGUGAUGUUUCUUCCUAAUCCAUCGAAUUUAGCUAUAAAUUGUCCGCGUGACAAUUUUCAUUCAAAUCGAUUUUACAAUUCAAUCUACCCACUUUCCAAACCAGUAUUAACAGAAGCCGGGUUGAAAUACCGAAUAGCCAUAAUCGCAGAUUUAGACACGCAGUCGUUUAGAAAAUCAAAUACCUGGAUCAGCUACAUGAAAUUAGGGAAUUUAACUAUUUCAGAUGAUUUCACCAAUUUAUCAGUUGAUUUUGAAUCUAAAAUGUUAACUCUUUCGUCAACCCUGUCUCAAGGUGGGCGCGGUAUGGAAUUGUCUGAACUUGUGACAUAUAAUGGAAAUUUAUACACUGUUGAUGAUAGAACAGGAGUUGUUUAUUUGAUAAAAAAUAACAACGUUAUUCCUUGGGUAGUGUUAACGGACGGUAAUGGCGAAAGUAACAAAGGUUUUAAAUGUGAAUGGGCAUGUGUUAAAGAUGAAAAUUUAUAUGUUGGAAGUUUGGGAAAAGAAUGGACAUCAACCACUGGUGUAGUUAAAAAUUUGAACCCCCAAUGGAUUAAGGUCAUAAACAAGGAUGGUGCUGUUAAACACAUUGAUUGGCAUGAAAAUUAUAAUGCAUUAAGGAAAAAAACAAGAACUAUGCUUCCAGGUUACCUCAUACAUGAGUCAGCUGUUUGGAGUACCAUUCAUAAACGUUGGUUUUUUUUACCCCGGCGUCUCAGUAGAGAAUCCUAUGAUGAGAAUGCAGAUGAACGGCGAGCUACUAAUAUUCUUAUUAGUUGUGAUGAAAAAUUUUCUCAAAUACAGAUCCGGUAUAUUCAACCAUUAAAUCCUACACAUGGUUAUUCAUCUUUUAAGUUUGUGCCAGGCACACAUGAUACUGUGAUAAUAGCAUUGAAAUCCGAGGAAGACAAUGGCAACAUUGCUUCUUAUAUACAAUCAUUUAACAUUAAUGGGAAAGUACUGUUAGCAGAAACUAAAAUAGGAAAUCAAAAAUUUGAAGGAAUUGAAUUUAUUUAAAAAAAAAGCCAUAUUUUUGUUUCUCAUCUUUAAAUUCCAUCUUAAUACAUAUUCACACAAGUUUGGGAUUAUGAAAACCUCUCAGAUCUUCAAGUAAUUUUGGGGGAUACAUUGCUAAAGAAAAAAAAAAAUACUAUCUACAAAUGAUUUCAUAAAAAGAAAAAGGUGUAAAUAAAGUGGAUGAUAUUUUAUGAAUUUGUAACAAAACUAUUUGUGUACUAAAAUAUAUUUGGUGGGGCAAAAAAGUUCAGCAGGUUUCAGUUAAAAAAAAAAAAAAAAAGCCCUAUAUAACUGAAAAGUUUUAUUAACAA